ACCGCGCAGGGUAGCUGUGUCGAGCUAUAUAAAGGGUGAACGCCCUCGGACACCUUGAUGUCUGCUUUACAUACUCCGCGCUGUGCUGUAUCCAACCAAUCGUACCGUCUUAAAGAAAACACAGCAAAUUGAUUAUCAUGUCGAGCUACAAGGGCCACUGCCACUGCGGCAACACAGAGUGGGAGGCGAAGCUCGAGGCGGACCAGCAGGGUCACAUCUUGUGCCACUGCGACACGUGCAAAUCCCUCUCAGGCUCCACCUUUACGCUCAACCAGAUCAUCCCCAAAGCCGCGCUCAACAUCACAAAGGGCGAGUCGGAUCUUGGCAAGUACACGUACUACGGCGAGUCUGGCAAGGGCGUCCACUGCUACUUCUGCAAGAACUGCACCAGCCACGUCUACCACCACCAGGAGGUCAUGGGUCCGGACACCAUUGUGCUGCGCACAGGCCUGUUGACCGAGGGCAUCAAGAACUUCGAGCCCAAGGCGGAGAUCUUUGGCAAGGCGAAGUUGCCGUGGGAGAAGGAGGUUGCGACUACGUUUGAGACACUGCCACCGUCGUAGAGCGGGCCGGCAUCCAAGAGGAUAGCGUAGUAAUGAAAUCAAAAAUGACUUCAUUCGUACGUUGAGAUUCUACUGGGACUUGAUUGGGUGUUCCUUCUGUGUGUCGUUCUCAUGCUCUCGUUAUGUGCAAUCUACGUAUGUCUAGUGCACAAAACGCGCGCGGUCCUGCUCUUAAAAUGAGAACAUCCAACGCUCGCAUCAAACUCCAGCUCGUAUCGUAAUAGAGAGUCAAGAACGCGUUGCAUGCUAUCCGAAUUCGAAAAGGCCAUCCGAUGCAAAAAGAGAAUCGUACCAACAUGUCGUGAGCCCAAACGAAGUCGCCCGAUCAAAUAUUCUAGCUCGACUCACGCCCUCCUAUUCACUGACGUCUGCCCCUCUCC